AUGUCAUUCCCUCCCAUCCCCAACAACACCCUCCCAGCACUCUCCCUCGUCAAGUCCACCCUCCCAGCCAACCUCGACCCCGCCUCUGUCGAUGCCAAAGCCAUCGCGCAAGGAUGGCUCGCGGCAUUCCGACAAGUGGUGUCUGAGCAGCCCAGCCCCGACGCCGUCAUCUCUCUCUUCGUCCCCGCCAGCUCUGGUGCUCAGGUGUGGUGGCGCGACAUGCUCGCCUUGACCUGGGACUUCCGCACCUUUGUCGGUGCCGACGCCAUCCGCCAGUUCGCCACCGAUCGACUCUCAGGCUCUGCUGCGCAGGAGCUUAAGCUUCACGACAUCCAGCUCGUCGAAACCCCUUCGGACAUCACCCUCCCACCCGUCUACACCCCUGCCUCCCCCGAUCUCGUGUGGAUCCAGUUCUUCAUCACGUUCAAGACCGCUGUGGGUCACGGUUCUGGUAUUAUCAGGAUCGUGCCCGUCGGUGUUUCCGAUCUCCCGAGCUUCCAGGAUUCGAAGAACUGGAAGGCACAUAUCAUCUACACCAACCUCGAAGGUCUGCUCGAUCACCCCGAGCGGAUUGGCGCGCUGCGCGAUCCCAGACCCAACCACGGUCUCUGGGCAGGCGCGCGUCAAAAGGAGGUGGAGUGCGAGGGUGAGAAGGGCAAGCCCACUGUGCUCAUCGUCGGUGGUGGCCAGAGUGGGUUGGAGAUUGCAGCUCGCUUGAAGGUGCUCGGUGUCAAGUCCCUCAUCAUUGAGCAGAACGAGCGGGUUGGUGACAACUGGAGGAAUCGAUAUGAUGCUCUCUGCUUGCACGACCCGGUGUGGUAUGAUCACAUGCCCUACCUUCCUUUCCCUCCUAACUGGCCAAUCUAUUCUCCUUCAGUCAAACUUGCCAAUUGGCUUGAACACUACGCCGAGAUCAUGGAGCUUAACGUCUGGCUUUCGUCCACAAUUCAGUCCAUCAAGCAAGACCCUGAGACUGGGAAGUGGGACGUUACUGUCUUGAGGAAGGUCAAAGGCCCCGAUAGUGCUGUGAAGGAAGAGGCCCGAGAAUUUGAAGCGAUUCAUCACCUGGUUAUGGCGACUGGUCAGGGAAGUGGCGUGCCAGAAAUCCCUUCUAUCCCUGGCGAAGACAGGUUCAAGAGGAACGAUGGAACUGUCCUCCACUCGACAGAGCACAAGCGCGCAGCCGACCACCGGGGAAAGAAGGUCAUCGUCGUCGGCGCUUGUACUAGCGCUCACGACAUCUGUGCAGAUUAUUAUCACAACGGGGUCGACGUUACCAUGUUCCAGCGCUCGUCGACUUACAUCAUGUCUGUGGACGCUGGGUGGAAAGGGCUUUUCGAAGGCGUUUACGAUGAGAACUCACCUCCUGUGGAUGUCGCUGACCGCCUUACUGCCUCGUUCCCUCAUUGGGCAUCUAUUCCCUUGAACCAGGACAAGGUCAAAUACGUUGCGGAGCUGGACAAGCCUAUCCUCGACGCCCUACACAAGGUCGGUUUCCGAACCAACCUCGGUUACCAGGACUCUGGUGUCGCACUUUUGGCCUGGGGUCGAGGAGGAGGCUACUACCUCGAUACCGGCGCUUCUGGCCUGAUUGCCGAGGGGAAGAUUAAGCUCAAGAACGACUCCCAAAUCAAGGAGUUCACCGAGCGCGGUCUUCGUUUCGAGGACGGUUCCGAGCUCCAGGCCGAUGUGGUCCUCUUUGCUACUGGAUAUGGUGACCCGAUGAAGCGCAUUAGUCGACUCCUUGGUGAGGAUUUGGCAAAGGAAUGCACUGGACUUUGGGGUUUCAAUCAGGAGGGCGAGAUUUUAGGCGCGUGGAGGGACUUGGGUAUCAAAAGAUUCUGGUAUAUGAUUGGUAAUCUCGCUCUGUGCCGUUUCCAUUCCAAACACCUUGCUUUACAAAUCAAGGCCCAGGAAGAGGGACUGUUUGGCAAGCGAUACUCAGCCACCUCUUGA